CCAAAACAAAUUUUACAAGAGAAACGCCAAAGAUUACACAAAUAAAAUAAAAAUAAAUAAAAGUUAGGCGGACGAAGCGGCAAUGAUGAAUGUCGGUGCCGGAACAGCCAGCGGCGACGAUGGAUCAUCCGCCGUGUCGCAGUGGAGUUUCACCGUAUGGAGGCAGUACCAACACAUACUGGACAAGUCGACGCCUCUAGUGCUCCGCCGCUGGAUCUUCUUCUCGAUCGUCGUCCUCAUCUACGCCCUGCGGGUGUACCUAGUCCAAGGAUUCUACAUCAUAACCUAUGGUCUCGGUAUAUACAUCAUCCAGCUCCUUAUCGCCUUCCUUUCGCCACAGGUUGAUCCCGAGAUCCACGAGCUUUCCGACGGUCCCACCCUCCCCACCCGGGGCUCCGACGAGUUUCGCCCUUUCGUUCGACGCCUCCCUGAAUUCAAGUUCUGGCAUUCUCUAACGAAGGGAUUCUUCAUUGCAUUUGUGUUGACAUUCUUCAGUGCCUUUGAUGUACCUGUUUUUUGGCCGAUUCUAUUGUUCUACUGGUUUGUGCUCUUUGUGUCAACAAUGAAGAGGCAGAUAAUGCACAUGGUGAAAUACAAAUAUGUCCCUUUCACAUUUGGCAAGCAGCGUUACACAGGGAAGAAAGGUGCAUCCUCGUCCGAGGAUGCACUGCUUGUACAGUAAACCAUACAUAAAUGGUAGGUCUUGAUUUUCUUUGAGAAGCAGAGUCAGUGAGAUGGUUGAGAGCUUGUUUUCCGGCGGUGAUGCCCGACAUAUUCAGAAUUCAGAUUGGAAACUAUCAGCCCUUAAAUACACCUCCUUUUUCAUUCUCUAUGGGAUGAAGUAGGUUUCUUGGUGUUUCAAUGCCAGAGCUGCUAACUUCUGUGUUCUAUAAUGGUUAAUCCAUAGAUCCAAUAACUGUUUUGCAACAUUGUGUGUUCAAUACAUCAAUCAUGAAUGAUCAUUUUUCUUGGGGUUUUUUCCUUUACCAGUCCAAUCUAGAUAUUUUGCACUU